AUGCUCUUCUUUGUUGAAUCAGUCCGAAUCGUCUUUCUCAACUUUCGACACGCCCUAAUAUCUGCUCUUUUGACAUUAGUGAUGGCGAGCUUCCAAAUUUCUUACCUCGCUUCAAUAUUAGCUUUCAUCGUUCACACAGCAGCAUCUCUACCAUCUCAUAUCGCUACAACGUGUCCAAUCACCAUAGACGGGCGAGUUUCCAGAAAUGCAACCAUCCAGACAUUCGAUACAGCUGCCUCACCGUUCAAUCCAACAUACACGAAGGGUCAAAAUCUAACCUGGUCACAAAUCAUCAAGCUUCCCGCCAUACGGCCUUCGAAAUUCGACCUUCCAGUCCAUGCAAAAGCACUCGAAGUAACAAUCAACGACUCGUCCAUUUUCGUCCCCGGUGGCGGUUCCCAGCAAGUAGGAUUCCGGCGCGCGGCCUCCUCUUGGGCAAUGGCUCGGAUGCUACCAAUGUGGGCGUGA